CAGCCCGGCUGCUGCUGAAGUAAAGGUGAGAGCGGCGCGGGACGGGAAGGCUGUGCCAUGCGCGGACGUCUGAUCGUUCGAAGGAUUCUAUCUUCCUCGAAAAGCCAGGUCUAAUGGUUAUAUCUCCAACGGCACCAAGUAGAGGAUGUGGCUGUUCACUUUAACAACUUUGUUCUGGUUUAUAUUCAAGUCAGGCAUGGCUCUGCAGAUCCAGUGUUACCAGUGCGAGGAGGUGACCCAGAACGAGUGCUCCACGCCAGAGUUCAUCGUGAACUGCACAGUCAACGUGCAGAACAUGUGCCAGAUGGAGGUUCUAGUCAAGGAGGAUGGGGUGUACUACCGCAAGUCGUGCGCGGCCUCCGCCGCCUGUCUCCUAGCCUCCUCCGGCUACCAGCAGUUCUGCACCGGGAAGCUCAACUCAGUGUGCAUCAGCUGCUGCAGCGAGCACCUGUGUAACAAGCCCCGGCAGAAGAAACACCCGGCCCAUUCGCACGCCUCGCCCCUGAGCCCGCCACCCCUGCUCAGCCUCCUGCUCCUCCUGCCUUCAGCGGUCAUGCUCUGCUGAUGGCGUCGUGAGAGUCAGCUGGGUCUUUGUAAAAGAAGAAAGAAAGAAAAAGAAGAAGGAGGAGAAGAAACGGUGUGAUUUUGAGUUGACGAGGUGGGCAUCCUGUUCUGCUGUCGGUGCUGGAGAGGUUGAAAGGUGUGGGUGGGAGGAGGAGGUACUUAAGGAUGGUGAUGGGGCGUGUUCGGGAUGUUGACACCGUGGGCAGGGUGAGGGGACGGAGGGCAGAGAGACACGAGGGUAACUGGCACAUGAUGGGACAAUGACAACAACGUAACUGUUGUUAGAUGGACUUUGUGGUGUUCCUCGUGUCUACAUAGAGUACCUGCCUACACUGUGUGAAGUAUGUAUUUAUGUGUAAGUGAAAAUCCACUGACAAUGGAAAAAUGAAGUCAUUUAUACGUUUUAAUACCAUUAUGUGAUGUUCAAAAGUGAGUCCCAGUAAGGGUUCACAAAUCAUGAAUACUGUUACAUAGGUCAUACUAGUGGAAGAAAAAUGCAGCCAGGCUACUAGGCUACUGUAGUAAGAGAACACACCAAGUUUUUGCGAUGGGGAAUUGAGUCAAGUUUACUGAAAAACAAAAAUCACCAGUUGACAUAUUUAGUUCAUGUAUUUGUGAAGUGUUUUGCCAAAAUGAAAGAUAAUCAUUUAAGAUAGUGUAUUUUACAGACAAUCCAUGUGUCUACUUUUUGUGACAUGGGGAAUAAUGUGACUUCUUUUCACAGAUAUGUAUUCAAUGAAAGAGACAGCAAAUAUGACUGUAAUGGGCACACUCAGAGAAGUCUGUAAAUAUUGAUGUACAUUUGACAGGAUUAAUGACUGUACCUUUUAUUCUGCAGUGUUUUGGUUACUAAUGCUUUUUUCAGACAUAACACUGUCAUCAACAGUUUGGUCACAACUGAAAUCUUGGCUUAGUAAGGUUUGGUCAUAUCUAAUUGAUUACUUUGGUUAAGGUUAUGUAGAAUAACUUUGGUUAUCAUGAUGUAUAAUUUCAGUGGAUUAAAGGUAUUUCAAUGACAAAGUAAGUGCUAGCUUGUUUUUUUAUUGUUUACAUUUGUGUUUGUUUAAUGGAGAGAUGAGUUGGCUACAAUUAGUUUGCAAGCUAACUGCAGUUCUGUUGCCAUGGAUAUAUUCCAUUGAUUCUGCAGCGUCUCCCACUGGCCCGUUGAAAUCUGAACUUCCGCAUUGGAAUGACGUUGUUGUCAAAACUUGUACUGUCGGUUGACCCAUGUCUUUAUCCAUCUGCAUAUUUUCACUCACUGAAGUUCUCAUGUCUAAACUUGGAAUAAGGAAUAAACUCAUACAGCCAUGAAAUGUGUUGAAUGAAUGCCCUGUGGAACUUACUAAGGCAUAUUUAUUUGCUCUCCACCAAAGUGUGGAAUGUAUGUUUACAAAAGGACGAUUAUCUAUGUUUGUUUCAAUGUGCAGAAUAGUCCUUUUGCAGCAAAUAUGUAGGCUAGGAUUUAGAAAAACAUCUUCCCAAAUGGAGCCAAAAAGCCUGUCUUGCAUUUCAAUAAAUGUUAAGCACUGCCUGUUAAA